AUGAUCGACUGGUUAACUAUCGUUAUUGCAUUGGUUAUAAUUGCAACAUUAGUGGGUUUUUUUGGAUUUUUGGCAAUGAAAAUGAAUAUGUCUGAUCCAUUAUCAGUAGAUGUUAAUAAUCAACAUUUGGAUACUGUGAAUGAUAAGAAAAAGAAAGAUAAAAAUGUUGUUGAACAAGGAAAGAAAAAACGUAAAGAUCAAAAAAAAUCUAAACGUGAAAUUAAAGAUGAAGAACAACAACAACAAGAACAACGAACAAAAGGUAAAGGACAAACAAGUGAAGAAACUGAUAAUGAACAUGAAGAAAGUGAACAAGAAUUAAAUCGAUUACCAUCAGAAAAUGUUGAAACAUCAUCAAAAGCUCGUAAACGUAAUAAAAAUAAAACAUCAACAAAUCAAACUGAAACUAAUGUUACAAAUGAAAAAAAUCCAACAACAACUCGAGCACCACCAGUAACUCAUCCAAAAGUAACACUUAAAGAUGAACUUGAAUCAAAAAAACAACAAACUAAAGCUCAAGUUAAAUCAUCACAGGUAUCAAAUAAACAAGCUUUACCUGUUGCUACAACAACUUCAACAACAAAUAAAAAAACUACACAAUCAAAUCGAGAUGAAUAUCAAGAAGAAUCAUUUACAGUUGUUGGCGGUAACCGACAUAAAUCUGGAACACCACCAGCACAACAACAACAAAAUAAAUCGCAAGUAAAUACCGCACCAACAACAGCUCCUGUAUCUCUUGCUCCCGUACAACAAGCAUCUUCAACUCCAAUUCAACAUGAUCAUUUAGCUCAACGUCAACAACCUCAACAAAAACAAACACCGGUUCAAGCCAGUACUCCCAUUACAAAUUCAGUACCUGUAAAACAACAACAACAAACACCAAAAGUACAACCCAAAAUUGCUGAUCUCUUUAAGAGUCUUCCAUCAUCACAACUUGUUGUUACAGAAUUAAUGUCAGCACUUGAUGCGUUUCCUUUAUCAACUGAUGAAUUAGAUAUUAUUAUGCAAAAGAUUGCAAAUAAACAAUCUGUAGUCAAACAAGACUGGAGUAAAUUACAAUAUGGUCAAAAAGUCGAUCCACAAGCACAUAUUGGUCAAGUUAUGGAUGAAUCAUCGAAAGCUUACGUCGAUGAUAUGAAAACUAAUUCAGGAAAACGUCUCAAAGAAUUAACUGAUGAACUUAACACAGAAAAACGUCGUAAUAAUGAUUUAGUAAAAGAAAAAGCUGAAAAACAACGAGAAAUUCAAAUGCUUCAUGCACAAUUAGAUUCCGUUCAACAUAAAACUGAUUCAACCCAAGCACAUCAACCACAACAACAAAAACUUGAAUUACAAUUAAAACGUCUUACAGAAGAAAAUCUUCGUUUAAAUCAACAAUUAACACAACAUCUUACAACAUCAAAUGUAGGUAAUACUGGUGAUGCAUCAAAUAUGAAAUUACAAGUAUUAAGUGAACAAAUGAAAAAAUUAUCUGUUGAUAAUGCUAAUUGGGAAAAGAAAGCCCAUAGCAAUGAAUUAUUAGCAAAAGAAGCACAAAAAGAAAAAGAAGAUUUAAUUCGUUAUAAUGAACAAUUGACUCAAUCACUUCAAACUGCUGAAAAAGAAUUGAAAUCAAUCGAAGAAAAACAUCAUAAACAAUCAAAAGAAGGUGAUACAGUCUAUGCAAAUGAAUUAAAAGAAACAAAACGUCGUCUUGAACAACUUCAAGCUGAAAAUGAACAAUUACGACGUGAAGAUAUUGUUCAUGUUGAACCAACAUCACCAACAGAUAUUCAAACAAUUUCCGUUAAUAAUGAAGAACGUGAAAAAUUUGAAAAAGAAAUUCAUGAAUUAAAACAAACAGUUGAAUCAAAUAAACAAAAAGAACGAGAAUAUGAAAAUUUAAAAACAAAAUUAACUGGAGAAAUUGAAGAAUUUCAAAAAAAUAUUCAUAAUAUAAACAGUCAACAUAAAUCUCACGAGAAUGAAUUACGACAAGAAAUUGAAAGACUUCAAAAUGAGAAAAAUAAUGUACAACAAGAAACUGAUAAAUCUCAUGACAAUGAACUUAAAACUUUAAGAGUUGAACUUGAUAAAAUUAAAUCAACAAUGUCACAAUCAGAAGAACAUCUUCGUCAAGAACAUGAAAAACAACGAAAAAUUCUUACUGAUCUUCUUACAGAAGAUGUUCGAAAGCAAUUACCUCAUGACAAUCAAAAUUUUGAUCAAUGGUUUUCAUCAUACCGUCAAUUAUUCGAAACAAACAAGACCAAUGCACACCAAGAAACUGAAGCACUUAAACGUGAAAAUGAACAACUUCAUAAGAAUAUGACUGAUAUUGAAAAUCAUUUGAAAGAAAUUGAACAAACUGUACAAAAUAAAGAAGAAACAUUAUUUACUGAAUUAAAGAGUAAAGAUGUUGUCCUUGAUAGUAUGCGUGGUGAGAAUGAACAAUUAAAAGAUGAAAUGGUACGUCUUCGUAAUGAAAUUCAACGUUUACAAUCAAUACAUGAUGCAUCAUCUAACGAAGUUCGUGUAUUAAAACAUCAGCUUGAUGAAAGAUUUCUUAUUGCUGCAAAUAGUCCGCAGGUUAUUGCUGAUGAAUCAUUUGAACUUGUUAAACAGCCAUCACCAUCACUAUCACCGAUUGUUAUUGAUAUUCGUGCUGAACAGUUGAAUGAAUUAAUUCGUUCGAGUAAAGAAGCACUUGAAAACCAAGAAUCAAUCACUCAACAACUCGAUAAACACUUAAACGAUAUACAUUCUACUGGACAAGGAGAGACAUCAAAUACUAAUGAAUCAACGGUGUUGUCUUCCACUGACCAACAAUCUUAA